ACUUUGAAAGAGUUACACCUUGGGGGCCCGAGAUCGGAUGAAGCCACAGCGACGCUUUGGGUUGCACAUUUGAAAACCAAGGGGCUUCCAUACUGCAGUCUUGAGUUCGGUCUCCCUGGGAAGGUGGGGCGCUAGCCCCUUGCCAUGUUGCACGGAUCAGACGGAGCGGAAUCCCGGCUUCCCUCCGGACGCGCCUGGGGUCCAUGCCCGCGGCUCACGACCAAGAUCUCUCUGGCCCCUACGGACACGAGUUUGCGAUCCCUGAAUCACUGGGUGGGUACGUCGGAAAGACUAGGGCGCCUCAGCUCAGAGCUCGCAGUUUGAUGGAGAGGACAGGACCAGCGGGGGAGGAGGGCGGCGCGCGCAAGGGUCGACUUCUUCCCAGGGCACCGGGGACGCGAGUGCUGCGGGCGCGUGUCGAGAGGACAGCCUUGGAAGUGGGCUAAGCUUCGGCAGAGACAGACGUGAGGGGCUGCGGAGCUCGAGGGCCGGCGACCACGCUCGCCUCUGCAGCAGGUGGGCACGCCCGAAAGGGAACCUGGGGCGUCAGAACGAAAGGGAGUGACGCCGCGCUUCCCGGCCGGACAGCCUCCCGCGCAGCGCCCCGGCCGGAAGCCUUCUCGCCGCCGCUUCCUCUCCAGAAGACGCGGGGCGGGCGGUACGGCCCGCAGGGUGGCCGAGCCCGUAGCGCCAUGGCUCACGUGGGCUCCCGCAAGCGCUCGAGGAGUCGCAGCCGGUCCCGGGGGCGGGGGUCGGAAAAGAGAAAGAAGAAGAGCAGGAAGGAUGCCUCAAGGAACUGCUCGGCCUCCGAAUCCCAAGGUCGCAAGGGCAGCGCGGCCCUUGGGGCGGAGGAGAGAAGCAAGCACAAGGCCCGGAGGAGACCACGAUCCAGCUCCUCCUCCUCUUCUUCCAGUUCUUCUAGCUCUUCUUCCUCCUCGUCCUCCUCCUCUUCCUCCAGUGGUGGCCGGAAGAAGCGGGGGAAGCACAAGGACAAGAAGAGGAAGAAGAAGAAGAAGAAGAGGAGGAAGAAGCUGAAGAAGAAGGGCAAGGAGAAGGCGGAAGCACAGCAGGUGGAGGCUCUGCCGGGUCCCUCACUUGACCAGUGGCACCGAUCAGCUGGGGAGGAAGAGGAUGGCCCAGUCCUGACAGAUGAGCAGAAGUCCCGAAUCCAGGCCAUGAAGCCCAUGACCAAGGAGGAGUGGGAUGCCCGGCAGAGUGUCAUCCGCAAGGUGGUGGACCCCGAGACGGGACGCACCAGGCUUAUUAAGGGAGAUGGCGAGGUCCUAGAGGAAAUCGUAACCAAAGAUCGGCACAGAGAGAUCAACAAGCAAGCCACCCGAGGGGACGGCCUGGCCUUCCAGAUGCGAGCUGGGUUGCUUCCCUGAGGGCCCUGGCUGGCUAAGGCCUGUGGACAGUGCUGGCAGCCCAGCCUGGGCAGGCCUCAGGGUGGCAAUGGGAAGCCUGAUGGGUGCUGGUGGCCUUUCCUCCAUGGAUUGGCCUCUGGCCCAGCCCAGCCUCUUCUCAGGGGCAGGGGGUGGAGGAUGGGGUUACUGGCCUGCUCAGCACCCCCAUCUGAAAGAGCAGUGCUUCACAGCUAUUAAAGUCUCCCUGGUUUGAAACUU